AAAAGUUGUACUUCUUGUCCAAAUAUGGACGUUACAUGAAAUCACCUGAAUCGAGAUCUCGCGAGACCACCCACCUCCACCUUAGCAACUGACAUGUUAGCCUUGGAUACCACCCGAGUCGUGCUAAACGCAGAUUGACGCCACAGACUGCCACCCAUAUGCAGUCUAGCAGCGGGAACCAGACUGGGUGCCCUGCUCCGUCUCUGUGGAGCCUGAUUGUUGAGCACGUGCCGCGGUCCGAGAUGCCCAAGAUUCACGCCACGCUGGGCCGCUCGCUGGUCGACACAUACACGGAGCUACACGCAGAGGCAGUCAUGUGGCACAAGAUAUGGCAGGACAGCCUGCGGGCGGGGGCCCCGCUCUCCCGAUCGAGGGGCCCCCUGGCCGACCCGCCGGUGAUCAAGGAGCUGGUGAGGGCCGAGGUCAGGAUGCUGCUGGAGAGUCUCCAGGAGAAAUUCUUCAGGGAGGGAAGGCACGAUGAGGAGUUGUUAAGUCGUUACAACGCGAAGACCGUAAACUUUGCCCUCGGUCGCCUUGACAUCGGCGCCGAGCCCAAAGAUGAACUCAGCUCAAGCGCUUCCGUCCAGUCGAGCGUCCAAGUGGAGAUUGAAGCGAUGAAGGACAAUCUGAAUAUCACCGACAUCAACAAAGUGGUGCAACAUCUUAAGUCUAUCCUGAGUGAAGAAUGUGCUGCACUGAAAGCACAAGUAAAGCACACACAGGAACUGAUCAAAAAGCAGUGCAGGAGUCAGGAUGACGGCGUCAACAGUGAGCCAACCCUUGCAGACUUGAAAGAGCUGAGAGGGGCUAUUCAAAAAGACUUAGAGCUCUACCCCUCGCCUCCCUCGCAUGUUGCGGAGAAAGCAACGAGACAGACGUUCAGGCUGUCAACUGGACAAAAGAACUCUGAUAAAACCUUGUACACGAUAACUUCUACCUCGCUCCGAAGGCCACAUCCUCCCUCCGCUCCGCCUCACUUCAACUUUUGCGGCUCCCUAAAGCCCAUCGACGCCUUGGAGACCACCUCAAGGACUUCUCAUCAGCACAAAAGUGCCACGUCGGCGUCUCGACACAGAAAAGUCCGCCUGAAAACCACCGCGAGCGAUCCGGUGGUGAUGGAAACUUUGCGCCCAGAGGAAGAUAACUCGGAUUUCCUCUGGCGGCUCCUCACGACCGCAGAUAGCUCACCCUUCUUCCCCACGCAGUAUCUACAGCCCGGGUAGGAAGGGCAAAUUAUGGGCAUAAGAAGGUUAAAUGUAAGACCUUUUUUUGUGGAGUGAAGUAGUGCCGUGAGAGUGGAAAAGAGCUCGUCGUGGACAAGAUUUGAGUCAGUAGCAAAGAAGCCACCGUGUGUCACUCAUCAGUAGUGGUCUGCACGUGUACUCACGACAAACAUGGACAUUGUUUGGGUUUUUUUGUAACAGGAGUAUCUGAACAAAUGUUUACAAGCACGUCACUUCCAAGAGGCACUGAGCUGACCUCUAGUGUCAAUGAUAUAUGCACAAAUCACCUUUACUCAUCAUUAACUAUGUACUUUUUUGUCUGGUGAUGACAGCCAGUGGUGGGCAAGGUGGGGCAGCAACCGAGCGCCCUCUAUUGAUGAGCCUGCACUGUUUUGUUUUUUUAAACUGAUUUACUGCUUAUACCGUGAUAGAUGGUGAGCCAAUGUCACUGUUGUCUUUUACGCGCGCUGCGGUCGCGCCUUAAAUUGGAAUUGCCGCUAUUCCAUCAAGUUGUUUAUGGGCCGUGGCGAUUGGCUCAAGCAGCGCUGUCUUGUCAGCAUGGCUCCAAUCAGGUGAUGCUUGUUUUAGUACUGCGUAGCCUACAGCCAUCCCUUUGAUUGGAAAUUAAUUAUGAUUGUGUUAUUUUGUUUUGUGUACAUCACAAGUUUGUUUUACAUCUUUUACAUUUGUAUUUGCUUUUAGUUUACCUUGUUUUACAGGUCAUUAUUGCAAAGCAGAAACUGUUCUCAAUUGCCUUACCUGGAAAAAUAAAAGUUAGAUCAAAUUUAAAAAAAGAUUUUUAUUUUUAAGUUACAAAGCCAGUUAGCAGAUCACUACAAAUCACAGCAAUCCCUUGAUUGGCUGCAAAUAGGACUCCCAAGUAACCGUGAUCAUAGAUGCAAUCUGAUUGGAUGUUUUGUUGCGAUGCCAUGACUUCAUUUCUACAUAAUUGUUUUUUCUCUCUCUCUGUCUCUCUCUCUCUCGCUCUCGCUCUCUCUCUCUGAUGUCACAGAUGAUUUGUAUUAAAUCGUUACGAAUCGAAGCUAUGCAUAGGAUGGUUUGUGGCCAUGACAUCAUUUUCCCACACCAGUUCAACGAACACUACUUGGAAUUUCAGAUGUUUUUGUCCUAAGUGCAACAAAAUGUCAGACAAGCGCCUUUCCAAUACAAGGCUGCCUCUGAAGAAGGUCAACUCGCAGCAGCAGGACCUCGUCAAACACCCGAUGUCCAGCAAGGAUCCAGCAGGGGAAGUUCAGUCUGCUGCAGUGACUAUUAUGCAAAUGGCACAGACUUUAAGAAAUGUAUGGAGUUUAAAGUGACUAGUAGUGCGAUAAUCUGGAACAGUGUCAAUUGUGCAAAUGGUGCAGAUAUUUCUCAAGCACGAGUGGUAUGAGUUUAUCAUGAUCAAUAUAUGUUAGAAAGUUUACUUUAAACGGGAAAACUGUCAAGU